AGCUCUCGUCCCGGAAGCAUGCUUCGUUUGGGCGCCACCGGAAGGCACAGUCGCGGCCGGAGGACAAGCACCAGAGCCGACUCUACCCUUACUCCGGUCGUCACACCACAAAUAUGGCCGCGCACGAAAGGACGCACGGUGGAGACAAGCCCUUCCACUGCCGCUUCUGCCAGCGUUCAUUCGCGUACAAGUCUAACCUGCAGAUCCACGAAAGGGCCCACACGGGCGAGAAACCUUUCCGGUGCCAGAUUUGCCAGCAGGCCUUUGCGCAGAGGUUCUCCCUUGUGGACCACGUGAGGGUGCACACGGGGGAGCGGCCCUUUGUGUGCACCACCUGCGGGAGGGCCUUCAGGCAGAAGUCGACCCUCACGCGCCACGAGAGAAUUCACAGGGGAGACCGCCCGUUCAAGUGCGAGCUCUGCGAGAAAGCGUUCACGCAGAGGGGCACGCUAAACGUGCACCGGAAGAGGAACCACAUAAGCUGCUCCGAUAAAAGCCCGUUUGAUCUGAUUCGGUCUGUCUCUCCAACAGAAAUCGCCCCCAACCAUGGAGAGCUGCGCUUCCACUGCGAGGACAUCUCGAGCAAGCGUUCUCGGGAAGGCGGGUUGGGCAGGCAGCAGUGGAGGGUGCAGCCAGGGGGGCUGAACACAAGACGGUGCGACUCGUACCCUUACACCGCUCCCGAGAGCGCCGGCAUCGUGACCUGCAUAAAGACUGGACAGAAGCUGUUUAGGUGCCAAGUUUGCCAGAGGGCAUUUGCGCGUAAGUUGUUCUUGGAAAAUCAUGAAAGGAUCCACACGGGAGAGAGGCCGUUUAAAUGCAGCUUGUGCGAAAAGUCUUACGCCUGGAAGUUCAGCCUACUUUGUCACGAGAAAGUUCACAAGGGUGAGCGGCUGUAUACGUGCGACAUCUGCGGAAAAGCAUUCGUACUGCAAAGCGGCUUAAGUCAACAUCGGAAGAGUCACUGGUGAAAGAUGUCUGUCGGGGCGUAUUUCCACUAUUGUCACGGAGAUUUGCAUGUCGGACCGAUUCUAAACUUUUCUCGCUGUUUCAUAGCACCCAACGAACCUGAGGCACAUUUUAUCGAUAUAAACGAGACUACGUCCUUUGGGGCAA